GCGACGGUGGCGGCUCUCAGAGCCGGCGCGAAUCCGGCCCCCGCAGCGGGACCCGGCUCUGGAGACAGGAAGUCCAAGACGAAGGUGUUGGCAGGCUCUCUUCCUUCCUCCAGGCCUGCCCCUUGCUGGCAGGUCUUGUUGAGCCCUGCCUGGGCCAAAGCGUGCGGAGGAUGGAAACACUUGCCCAGCAAUGUCUCUGGGCCGCCUCCUUCGCCGGGCCUCCUCCAAAGCCUCGGACCUCCUGACCCUCACCCCGGCUGGCAGCAGCAGCGGGUCCCCCUCCGUCCUGGAUGGAGAGAUCAUCUACUCCAAGAACAAUGUCUGCGUGCACCCCCCGGAGGGGCUGCAGGGGCUGGGGGAGCACCACCCAGGUUACCUGUGCUUGUACAUGGAGAAGGAUGAGAUGCUGGGAGCCACCCUCAUCCUGGCAUGGGUCCCCAACUCUCGCAUCCAGAGGCAGGAUGAGGAGGCCCUGCGCUACAUCACACCAGAGAGCUCCCCCAUUCGCAAGGCACCCCGCCCUCGGGGCCGGCGUGCCCGGAGCUCGGGGGCCUCCCACCAGCCCUCUCCCACGGAGCUGCGGCCCACCCUGACCCCCAAAGAUGAGGACAUCCUGGUGGUGGCCCAGAGUAUUCCGGACGGUGUGCUGGCCAGCCCUGCGCCAGAGGACGACGAGAAGCUGGCACAGGGCUUGGCGGUGGACGGUGCCCGGCCAGCCUUGCAGCCUGCCUGCAGCCCCUCCAGGAUCUUGUCAACAGUCAGUUCGCAGGAUGGCACUGAGGAGGGGCGGGAGCCACGGCCCGAGGCCGGGGAGGAGGAUGGCUCCCUGGAGCUGUCCGCUGAGGGCGUGAGCAGGGACAGCUCCUUCGACUCGGACUCAGACGCCUUCUCCUCGCCCUUCUGCCUCUCACCCAUCAGUGCAGCUCUGGCCGAAAACCGUGGCUCCGUGUUUCUGGAAAGCGACAGCAGCCCCCCGUCCAGCUCCGACACCAGCCUGCGCUUCCCGGACAGCAACGGCCUCCUGCAGACCCCGCGCUGGGACGAGCCACAGCGGGUAUGCGCCCUGGAGCAGAUCUGCGGCGUGUUCCGCGUGGACCUGGGCCACAUGCGCUCCCUCCGCCUUUUCUUCAGCGACGAGGCCUGCACCAGUGGCCAGCUGGUCGUCGCCAGCAGAGAGAGCCAGUACAAGGUCUUCCACUUCCACCACGGCGGCCUGGACAAGCUGUCUGACGUGUUCCAGCAGUGGAAAUACUGCACGGAGAUGCAGCUCAAAGACCAGCAGGUCGCCCCCGAAAAGACCUGCAUGCAGUUUUCCAUCCGCCGCCCCAAGCUGCCGUCCUCCGAGACGCACCCGGAGGAGAGCAUGUACAAGAGGCUGGAUGUCUCUGCCUGGCUCAACCACCUGAACGAGCUGGGCCAGGUGGAGGAGGAGUACAAGCUGCGUAAGGCCAUUUUCUUUGGCGGCAUUGAUGUGUCAAUCCGGGGGGAGGUCUGGCCCUUCCUGCUGCGCUAUUACAGCCACGAGUCCACGUCGGAGGAGCGGGAGGCGCUGCGGCUGCAGAAGCGGAAGGAGUACUCUGACAUCCAGCGGAGGAGGCUCUCCAUGACCCCUGAGGAGCACAGAGCAUUCUGGCGCAACGUGCAGUUCACCGUGGACAAAGACGUGGUCCGGACUGAUCGGAGCAACCAGUUCUUCCGAGGGGACGACAAUCCCAAUGUGGAGAGCAUGAGGAGGAUCCUGCUGAACUAUGCUGUCUACAACCCAGCCGUCGGCUACUCCCAGGGCAUGUCGGACCUGGUGGCGCCCAUCUUGGCCGAGGUCCUGGACGAAUCGGACACCUUCUGGUGCUUUGUGGGUUUGAUGCAGAACACGAUCUUUGUCAGCUCCCCUCGGGACGAGGACAUGGAGAAACAGUUGCUGUACCUGCGGGAGCUGCUGCGGCUGACGCACCUGCGAUUCUACCAGCACCUGGUCUCACUGGGCGAGGACGGCCUGCAGAUGCUCUUCUGCCACCGAUGGCUCCUGCUGUGCUUCAAGCGUGAGUUCCCUGAGGCCGAAGCGCUGCGGAUCUGGGAGGCCUGCUGGGCCCACUACCAGACAGACUACUUCCACCUUUUCAUCUGCGUGGCCAUCGUGGCCAUCUAUGGGGAUGACGUCAUUGAGCAGCAGCUGGCCACGGACCAGAUGCUCCUGCACUUCGGAAACCUGGCCAUGCACAUGAACGGGGAGCUGGUGCUCAGGAAGGCGAGGAGUUUGCUGUACCAGUUCCGCCUCCUGCCCCGGAUCCCCUGCAGCCUGCAUGACCUAUGUAAGCUGUGCGGGACCGGCAUGUGGGACAGCGGCUGCAUGCCUGCCGUGGAGUGCACCGGCCUACACCCCGGCUCGGAGAGCUGUCCCUACGGGGGCACAGUGGAGAUGCCUUCUCCCAAGCCCCCGAGGGAAGGCAAGAAGGGCCCAAAGACGCCGCAGGACGGCUUCGGCUUCCGCAGAUAGGUCGGGCCCCCAGCGUUGGACAGGGGUUGAGGGGACCUCCCUGGAGGCCCUGGGCAUGGGAGGGGGUGGGGCUGGGCAUGGAGGGGAUAGGGGACGGUAGGAACCUAAGGAAAAUGCUUUUGGGCAAUGUGAGAGGAACCUUUUCGUAUUAGCAACAAAAUCAGGGUCCGGAAGUGACAGAAGUCAGACCUGCAGCCGCCUGGAGGGAAGCCAGCUCCCGGAAUGCUGCGGUGGAACGUGCGGCCACUGUGCCUGAGGUGCAGGCUGGCCAGGCUCUCCUGCCGGCUGCCCUGGAGGAUUUCAGCACGUCCAGGAUUUGCUCCAGCCUCUCAGGCAGCCAGACAGCAUUGCCAGGCAAUGAGGAGAGCAGAGAUGAGAGAAGGCGGCUUCGCUCACCCAGCAGCAUCGAGGGCUGCAGAACAGAGCGGGGUCCCAUCCAGGUCCAGGGACAUCUCUGCAAGCCAGACACACUUCCUCAUGAGACCUCAUGCUGAGUGAGCCAGACACACUUCCCACAGCUUCCCCAGCCACAGCUGGGAUGCCGAUGGAAAGACAUUUGCCAUUUUAAAAAAACCAGCAGCCCAACUGAUAUGGGGACGGAGAGGUGGAAGAGCAGUCAGGUUUGAGGAGCUGGGGCAUGUCAUGUUUAUCCACUUAAACAUUUCGUCCUCCUGGUACAUGAAGGGAACCACCCACCUGCCCGGGACCCUGAGCCUCAGGCUGUUGGAGAAGCAUCCGAAGCCUUUUUCUUAAGUGGGGGUCUUCUAUGUGACAUGAGGUUCCUUGACACUGUUUAAGGUCACCUCCACCAAAUAGAGCAGCCAGCUGGGGCUUGAGUGGGUCGCUCUGUGUGUCCCUGCGUGCAUGCGUGUUUGUGUUGGAAGAUCCUCUGAAGAUCUGCUACAACCCAGGGCAGUAUGUUAGCUGACCAACCGAGACAAGGACACCUGGAGAUAGACUCUUCCACUUCCCUGCAGGGCCGGUAGUCUCUGCUGUGCACUCAGAUAUACACGUCAGCUUCUCAGGUGGUCGGGCGUGAGAGAGACCACAGUGAAGGAGCCAGCACUCUGGACUCUCUGCCUUCCCGACACACUCUCCCUCCGCCAAAAGACUGUCAGUUGCUCCUUCUGGAAUUUAGAGAUGGACAGACAAGGGCAUGCAAUCUCUGCUGUGAGAGCUUCCAGCCAGCUUAGACAUGUUGAGCCGUUUGCACAGAAAGCUACUCCUCGAGCAAGGAGACCAAAUGCCUCCUAAAAUCCUCCACUGCGUCCUUCUAGGGAGAAACCCCUUGAUGUGCUGAGACCCAUCAUGGGGACAGGGACAGGGGGCUUCCCACUUGAAGCUUUUCUCCCUGAAGGGUGGGCACUGCUGGACCAUGCCACGUCAAAGCAGUGUUUCUCCACAGGAAAGAGGAGGACACCACUUACCGGCCGCCGCCGCCGCCGCCGCCGCCUCCUCCUCCUCCUCCUCCUCCUCCUCCUCCUCCUCCUCCUCCUCCUCCUCCUCCUCUUCUCAUUUCUCCAUGAGCCCAGGUCUGUCCAAGAGCCUUUUGGAGAGACUUUCCUGGAGCCCCAUCAGUGCCCAGAUCCUGGGGUACCGACCAUUACUGUCUAGCAGUGGGGGUCCUGCGACAGGGCUGGGGUGGGCUUCUCAUCCACUUUGCUUCUGGGAAGAGAGGGUUGCCUUUCUGGGCUGGCUCCUGGUCUGUUAGGGAGGUGGCUGGAGCUUCUGCCCCGACCCCCCAAGAAACCAGUUCUCUCCAUUGCCACAGCAAUGCUGUGCGGUGAAUCCCGAAGCAGCCGGUGGCUUGCAGCAGUCAGCACAGACCUGGACCAGGAGUCAGCAGUCUGGGCGGGGCGGUUCUGCCGGUAUAGGCUGGGUUUGCUUGUUUGGGGCCAGUGGGCUGCUAAGUCCCAGGAGAUGCUCCUGGUGCAGAGGUCAGACCUGGCACUCCUCUGUGGUCUCUUUUAUCCCCACUGCAGACCAGCCAUGGUGGAGCCAAAGGCAGGGAAGGAGAGACGGCAAGUGCCUCUCCAAGCCUUGGCAGACAGCACACCUGCAGCCCUGCCCUUGGCCACAGCAAGCCAUGUGGCUGGGCUCAGCAUUAAGGGGUGGGGGACGGACCUGCCACUUUAGUGUCCCCUCUGCACAGUCAGGUGGCAGUAGGCUGAGAAUUUGGAGGGCUGAAGAACGGGGACUCCAGAGAGUCUGUGUCCUAAUAACUGCUGCUUUGGAGCACUCCUUCCCCACUCCCCCUCUCCAGGAGAAUGGUCCCUGCAUUUCACUAGAUACCUUGUGCCUUUGAGGUGCUGUUUGGGAGGGAGGAAGAGGGUGGCCAGGUCCAGGGCUCCCCUCGCUUGGGAGGGUCCUAAUAGAAGCCAUUCCUUCUGAGUCUCCUGGCCCUACAGCUUCUCACCUCUGCUGCUCCCCAAGACCUGACCCAGACCCAUCAGCCGCAUCUCUGCACCAAGUGCCACCCCUGCCAGGCACUGCUCAUACCUCAUGCUCCCCAUGGGCUGGCCCGGACCUCAGUGAGGCCUGCACCUCGCAGGCCAGCCAGGACCUCGGAAGCCCUGACCUGGGUACUCAGGGCUCCAUGGAGGAGACGCUGCUGGGGGUGGAGAAGCCCCGCUCUCUGCAACUCCCUUAAUCUGGAUGCAAUUAGAGGAGAGCAGCCAAAGACCUGCGGCAGCUGUUGCCCCGGGAUUAUUCCCAGCCAGCGAGAGGCAUUAGGGCGAUAAUUCAGUCAUUAGACUUCUAGCCUUCCCACCGCCAGAACGUGCAAAUGGGGGAUAAUCAGCCCUGCACGGCCGUCCUCAGCAAUGCCGCUUAUUUAACCCAUUUUUUAAAAUGACACUUAAUGUUAUUGGCUGGCGGACGUGUGUGCGCAUACUUACAAGGUGACGCAUGGUUCGGCCCUGCUGCUAAUGUCUGCGCUGACAGUGGCGCCCAGUGCUGCCCAGGGCCUCUGGGAAGAGAGGGCACCUUUGAUGUGGGUGUGCUGGCACCUGAGGGGCAGCAUGGUCAGGCUUGAUUCUUGCCGCCCUGGAAGGUCCUGCUGGGGUUGGGGGUCAGGUUAGCAUUCAGAGAUCUGGGCAGGAAGCAGGGAGCCUGGCAUCCUCACCAGGGGCAGAGGGGAAAUGUGGACUGCUCCAGAAGGUUCUGACUCAAGUCUCAGCCCCAAGGACUCAGAACUCACAAGCCACAGACUAAGUAUAGAAGGAGGGCCCCAGCCCACUCCUGCGGAGGAGGAGGAGGGUCUGAAGGUGGGAGGGGCAGCUCCUUGAGCAGCCACUGUUCCUGACCAGCCAGAGUGUCGGGCACAGGGGAGGAGUUUCUGUGUCCAGGAGGGAGAGGCCCUCCCCCCUCUGACCUUUCAGUUUUCCACAGUAGCCCAGUCUGAAGCCUGCGGGGUCCGGCAGGGCAUCAGGGCAAGACGAAGAUGCUGGUUCUGGAAUGAGGGCUCCCCUUGGACUGAGGGGCAGUGGCUGGCAGAGGUUGCCCAGCUCUGGCCUUUGGUUGGAGGUCACUGGGAAUGGAGGUGGGGUGGUGACAGGAGAUGGGGUGCGGGCUGUAGACCGUGCUGGGUGGGGCGUCCAAUCCUGUAAGGCCUGCCCUCUGAGCCCCCUUGCCUGCUUCUAGUUUGGCAGAAGUAAUGCUGGGCACAGCCCCCAAGUGAUGAGAAUCUGCCCGUGCUGUGCCCUGCGGAAGGAUGUGUUUCUGGUGUGGCCUCCCUCUCCCUUGCAGGAGGCUGGGGGUGUCAGGGCUCCACCCUGGGCUCACUGGGCUGAGGGAAGGAAGCACCCCGUAUGCUCUGCAGAGGCUCCUGCAGGCCACUUUGCCUCAGAGGAAGGAGGAGAGGUCCCCUGGGAAACACACACACACACGUGCAGGGAUACAGCCCAGGUCAGGACUGGCUGCCUAGCCGGGCCUGCCCGGUUCUUGGAGUCUGCAGGGAAUGAGUCAGCCUCAGGAUCCCCUCAGUUCCUUGUUUCCAAGCCAGGCUGCAAGGCCGCUCCUGGGUGUGAAUGCAUUGUCCUGGGCCCUCUGUCUAGUCAGAGGGAACCACCCCAAAACUAGAAAGCUAAUUUCCCCUGAAGAUUCAUGAAGCCAGAGGGCAUGCUCUAGGAUGGGGGAUGGUGGGGCAAGAGGGGGUGCUGUGGAAGGGGCCCUGGACCCACCCUGCUGCCUGUGACUCUCCCAAGUAUGUGGCCUUCUGCCUCCCCCGGCCUCAGUUUCCUCACCUGUAAGGAGAACAACGCCGCCUGCCUGCCCGGGCCACCUCCUGGGACUGCAGUGGGGACUCUGAGUGUAAAACUGUCCUGAGGAUGAUUUAUGAAGUCCCAGGGACCAACCUGCCACUCAGGGAAGAGACUGCUGACCUCAGCCAUCAGCCACAUGCAUCAUAAAGGGGAGGGACCGAGACCUAUCCCCUGGUUCUGAGUUAGCAAACCUGCGCUCCCUUCCACACACCCACCCAGCUGUGUGUCCUCUGCCAAGGGCCAGCUUCUAUGUGACUUUUCUGUGAAAUGCACCCCAUUCUGCCCACUCCUACCGCGAAGAAAAAUCAGCCAGGAGACCCAUCCUCAGCCAUCCUGCCAGGAGUGUGUUCGCAUGAAUGCACAUGCAAAGCUCUCUCCAUCAGGAGGGUGGUAUGGGCCCUGCGGGUCCUACCCCUCGGGCUUGAGGUUCCCUUGGACUGCAGACUCUGGUCUCCUGGGCAGAGCCAGGGGUGCAGACAACCUGCAGCCAUCUGGCCUUUUUAGUAUAUUACGUUGCAUUUCCAGGUAGGAAGGUAACAUUUCAAGUUCAAAGAGAUCAUCUCAUGCAACCAUCUCUCCUCCAGCACUUCUGGAGUAAGGACAGUUUCUGUUACAGUUUAGGGGAAUUUUUCAUCAAAUUUCCACCAUUAACCAAGAGACGACUGACGUCCAUGGCAAAUGACUUGUUCUUGGCAUUCUGUUUCGUUCGGUGUUUUAAAUGUAAUCGUCCAUUGGGGUCCAGGACUGGUCUGAGCCGUGCUAGCCACAGCCCCAACUAUGCUUCCAGCUUUCCUGGAUUCCACAGCAAAUAAAACUGUACUGACAACAAA